AUGAGCAGCGAAUCCAAAGGCAGCACGCCAGGAUCAUUCAGCCCACACAGCAAUCUCACUAGAGUCAAUACCUAUCCGCAAGCCGAGUUCACCAUCCCGCCGCAGGACACGCUUACACAAUGCCAAAGUGCCCAAACUCACACCGCCGAUGCCCCGGCAUCAGCCAGAUCCAAGGCGAAUCGCCAAAACAGCAUUGCAACUGGAGAUGAAAAGGCAUACCGACCCGACGACGAGGAAUCGCAAUCUACCACUUCUGCUCACACUGAGGUGACCUACCCAGAGGGCGGCCUAGGUGCCUGGUCCGUUGUUCUCGGUUCGUUCCUGGGACUCAUCGCCUCGCUGGGUAUGAUGAAUACGAUAGGCAUCUACAAUGCCUACAUUGCCGAGACGUACCUCCGAGAUUACAGCGAGUCGACCAUCUCGUGGAUCUUCAGCAUCUACGUCUUUCUGUCCUUUUUCUGUGGACUUCAGAUCGGACCCAUCUUCGAUGCAUACGGCCCCCGGCUCCUGGUACUCGCCGGCAGCAUCUUGGUGUGUCUGUCCAACUUUCUGCUCGGCGUAUGCACUCUGUACUGGCACUUCUUCCUCGUGUUUGGCGUGCUCGGGGGUCUUGGCACCUCGCUCAUCUUCACCCCGGCAUUUGCAGCGAUCAGCCAUUUCUUCCAUGUCAAACGCGGCAAUGCAACCGGGGUGGCUGCCGCUGGAGGGUCACUGGGUGGUGUCAUUUUCCCGCUAGCCCUGCAGAAGCUGAUACCUACUGUGGGAUUUGCAUGGGCAACUCGUAUCGUCGGCUUCAUCACGCUCUUCUGCUGCAUCGGCGCCUGCAUCCUGAUCCGCUCUCGUCUGCCCCCUAAGGCGGGGCAAUCGGUAUGGCCCGACUUUCGGAUUUUCCGUCACAAGAGCUAUCUUCUCCUCACCAUUGGCAUCUUCAUGAUGGAAUGGGCCCUCUUCAUCCCAAUCACCUACCUCACGACCUUUGCGGUGAGCACCGGUGCAAUCAGCCAAGCCUUCUCGUACCAGCUCCUCGCUAUUUUUGGCGCAGGCAGCUGUCUUGGUCGCUGGCUCCCAGGUUUGCUGGCUGAUGAACUGGGCCGUUUUAAUAGCAUGAUUGCUGCAUUGGCCGUAUGCUCUGCCACAUCGUUGGUUUUCUGGCUCCCAGCUUCUCUGCUUACGCCCACCAGCGCAUCCGCAGCUGCAGCCAUCAAAGGCCUCUCCAUUGUCUAUGCCGUCAUCUUCGGAUUUGCCUCUGGGUCCAACAUCUCUCUGACGCCGGUGUGUGUAGGACAGCUGUGCGACACUAAUGUGUAUGGGAGAUACUACGCUACAUGCUACACUGUCGUGAGCUUUAGCACGCUUACAGGCAUACCGAUUGCCGGGGCCAUCAUCCAAGCCACUGGUGGACAUUACUGGGGCGUAGUUAUCUGGACGGCAGUCUGCUACAUCUUGGCAUCAUGCUGCUUGGUGUGGAGCCGCGCUUUGCAAGUGGGCUGGAAGCUGGGGGUGAAAUUUUAGGAAAUUGUUUUUCCUAUUGCGGUCACGAGAAAGAGUGCUGGGUGUGCAGCAACUCCUACAAGUGACCGCAAACUACGUCCAAUGACGUAGUACAUGCUGGUGUUUGACGCUAAAUUGAUGCUACAUGAGAGGAAGUGUAAGGGAAAGGAAAGGGAGGAUACAAGUUGAUCAACUGGCUAGGUGUUUGCGGAUGCAAAGCUUAUUGCAAGACUCACGCUCGUUUUUGCACUCAAUCUGGGU